GUUGGUAACUACCUGCGUAUGUUCAGAGGCUCUCUGUAUAAGCGGUACCCGUCACUAUGGAGACGUCUCGCAUCCGUGGAGGAGAGGAAAAAGAUUGUAGCAUCAUCACACGCCACCAGUGUGACCCUGCUGAAGGCGUCUGAAUGUGAGGAGAUCUUCGAGGGGAAUGAUGAGAAGUACAAGGCAGUGUCCAUCAGCACAGAGCCUCCGGCAUACCUCAGGUAUUUCGAUGACCAUGACCCUGCAGUGAUCCACGAAAAUGCUUCCCAGGCAGAGGUCCUGGUGCCUAUUCGCCUUGACAUGGAGAUUGAUGGGCAGAAGCUCAGAGAUGCCUUCACCUGGAACAUGAACGAGAAACUUAUGACUCCAGAGAUGUUUGCUGAGAUCCUGUGUGAUGAUUUGGACUUGAAUCCUCUUGCCUUCGUCCCUGCCAUCGCCUCGGCCAUUAGACAGCAGAUCGAGUCUUACCCUACCGACAGCAUUCUGGAUGAGCAGACGGACCAGAGA